AUGAGGCUGGCCCUGGCUCUGGGGGCGCUGGUGAGCUGGUCCCCGGUGAAGGCCCAUCUGGAUGCUUUAUUCACAAUUGCCAAAAUUUCUGAAGCAGCCGAGGUGCCCUUUGGUAGAUGGUUGGAUAAAUACACUGAAGGACACACCCUCCCCAUCCUGGUCGUGAGAGGUGCUCUAGAGAUGCACACAGAGCUGAGCGGUCCUGAUUCCAGGGGGAAGACUCUCCGUAAACGUGAACCCUGCCAGCCCUCCGGCCAAGCUGGCAUCUGCCCUGUCUGGAUCCAAAACUUCAUCCACCCACCCCCACAAGGAUGCCUGUCCCCAGGCGUCAAAAGCAACUGA